GCAGCAGCGUUUAUUGAAUAAACGCCGACGGAACCAAAGACCGUGCACAUCAUCGAUAUUUUCGAUGCGCGGCUGGAUGAAUGUAAUCAGCAAUUGUUGGCUUUGUAGAUCCGGACUGGUUGGGAACUUUUGUCGGGAGGAGAUCAAACUCAGGAUUUCUCGUUAUCUCGUAUGGGUCAUCACCGUAGGAAGGGACGAUUCUGAAAUUCGGGUCUCUAAUCGCACUCUCGACCCGACGCGAUAACGUUGCCAAUAAACUAUCUAAAGGCGCGUCAUAUUUAAACUACAUCCGUAAACCCUAAAUGCCUGCUGCCUUGCCGGUCCAUCCGUUGCUGAUACCCUGCACCACGAGCCCAAGCUUCCACUCCAAAACUCUAAACCACAAGUCCCACGGAGCUCGAAGGUCGAUCACAAGCACCACUGAGAUCUCAUACUAUUCCAUGUCUUCCAAGCUCUGAACCCUGAAGUACAUGCACAGCUAAAAUGGGGAUUCCUGGUUUCUAUGGAUGGCUGGUCCGAAAAUACUCAGAUGUUAAACAAAAAGUGCGUGAAGAAUUCCCUGUCACCAUUGAUGGAGUUACAAUUCCUGUCGAUACUAGCAUACCGAAUCCGAAUGGCAUUGAGUUUGACAAUCUGUAUAUUGAUAUGAAUGGAGUUAUUCAUCCUUGUUUCCACCCAGAAGAUCAGCCUUCUCCCAAAACGUAUGAAGAGGUUUUUAAGGCUAUUUUUAAGUAUAUUGAUCGCAUUUUCUCAUUAAUUCGACCACGGAAACUUCUCUACCUUGCAAUUGAUGGCGUUGCACCGCGAGCAAAGAUGAAUCAUCAGCGUUCGAGGAGAUUCAGAGCUGCUAAAGAUGCGGCAGAGAAAGCUGCCAGGAUGGAUGAGCUGAAAGAUGUUGGAUCAGAUUUGGGAACUUCAUCUGGUCUGGAGGAAAACAACAAAAUGGAUUCAAAUGUAAUCACACCUGGAACUGAAUUCAUGGCUUCACUUUCUUCAGCUCUUCGAUACUACAUACAUUUGAGAAUGAACUCGGAUCCUGGAUGGCGUAGUAUCAAGGUCAUUCUGUCUGAUGCAAGUGUGCCUGGGGAGGGAGAGCACAAGAUUAUGUCUUACAUACGUUUGCAAAGAAACCUUCCGGGGUUUAACCCAAACACAAGACAUUGUUUGUAUGGUUUGGAUGCUGACUUAAUCAUGCUUGCACUGGCUACUCAUGAAGUACACUUUUCAAUUCUCAGAGAGGUUGUACGCAAGCCUCACGUGAAAGGUAAUAAAAGUGUGACAGAUAGGAGAAAGAAAAUACGAAAAAGAGGCAGAGUGCAGGACAAGAAUAAAACUUCAAGGUUUGAGUUCCUCAACAUUUGGGUUCUUAAGAGCUGUAUAGCGAGUGAAAUGAGAAUACCAAAUGGAACCAUUCAGGCUGACUUGGAACGUUUGAUUGAUGAUUUUGUUUUGAUCUCUUUAUUUGUUGGAAACGAUUUUUUACCACAACUUCCAGGCUUAGAAAUCUCUAAGGGGGCAAUAGAACUACUUAUGGCUGUUUAUAAAGAAGAAUUUGAACGAAUGGGAGGCUACCUAACAAAUUCUUUUGAGGUAAAUUUGAAACGUGUGGAACACUUCAUACAAGCUGUUGGAUCCCAUGAGAGUGCCAUUUUCAGCAAACGUAUCAAGAAAGCUCAGAUGGCCCGCUUUCUGGAGUUGGCAAAGUCAAAGAGGAAACAACGUCGUAAGCCUGAUAAAUGGCUUAAAUUUAAGCAAAAAGUGUCUUCUCAGUAUUCCUGGUUAUUGCCUAAGCUACAGCCUGUUUCAAAAGAGAUCCAGAUCACCAACAACAAUGCAUCGGAUGCUGCAAAUACAUUAAUUGAGAUUAACUUAGAAGAGGUUAACUUAGAAGAAGUAGGUUGCAAAGAAAGGUACUAUGCCGAGAAAUUUGAAGCAAAGACUAAAGAUGACUAUGUGCAAAUUCGAAGUGACACGGUCUUCAAGUAUAUUGAAGGGAUUUGCUGGGUCAUGCACUAUUACUAUGAGGGAAUAUGCUCUUGGCAAUGGUUUUAUCCUUAUCAUUAUGCUCCAUUUGCUUCAGACUUUUACGCACUUGAUCAAUUGAAUAUCCACUUCACACUAGGGGAACCAUUUAAGCCAUUUGAUCAAUUAAUGGGUGUAUUGCCGGCUGCAAGUGCACAUGCACUCCCUAUAUUUUACAGGAAAUUGAUGACAGACCCAUCGUCACCUAUUAUAGAUUUUUAUCCAACUGAUUUUGAGAUUGAUUUGAAUGGAAAACGUUAUGAGUGGCAGACUAUUUGUAAACUACCAUUCAUCAAGGAAUCUCGCCUUCUUGCGGAGAUUGCAAAGGUGGAACACACCUUAACGGAUGAAGAAAAACAAAGAAACAAUAUAGGUUUGGAUGUACUCUUUGUUCACACUGUACAUCCUUUAUCUGUGAAGAUCUUCUCUUUCUAUUGGAAAAAGAAAGAUCAUCCAAAGGUGUCUAAAGCUAAAGUCAAACAGAAAAUUGAUCCAGUAUUGAGUGGUGGAAUGAAUGGGUUCAUGUGUAUUUCUGAUAAACCUGUUUGGUUUCUAGAAAUUGAUUCACCAAUGGGAGACAUGGAGAAAAUAAGAAAUAAUAAAAUUAUUUCUGUUUUCUACAAAUGCCCUCGUUUUCACUGUCACAUCCCUAGGCCUCCAAAAGGAGUUGUGUUUCCAAAGUUGAUAAAGAAGCAGGGUAAACUACCAGCAACAGUAUUGUUACAUGGGCAAUCAGUUACACAGGGACCUAUUUGUUCUGAAAGGUCCAGGUGCACCAUUCUCAGUUCCAACUCAGACUCUGGUCAAGUAAAAUUUGAUCGUGAGUUCGUAUUAGACCAUCAUACUGAAAAGCAGCAAAAAAUCAUGGGGCCUAGCCAUGUCAUGGCAGAUGGCUCCUUCCAUCUGUCGAACUCAAAAGAAGCAAUUUGUGAGGAGAUCGAUGGUGGUAUACAAAGUUCAAGUUGCAUUACUGGCAACAAAAUUCGAAAGAGAAAACGUGGAGAAAAGAAACAAGUGGACAAUGGUUUUGAUCUGGUAGGCAUCAUGGCAGAUGGCUCUGUGUAUCCGUCAAACUCGGAAAGAGAUUGUGAUGAAGAGAUCAAAGACGGAAAACUAAGUUGCAUGACUGACAGUGAAAAUCAACAAAGGAAACAGGUGGACAAUGGUUGUGAGCAGGUUGCCCAAGUCAUUAUCAAGAGUUCUGCAUGUAAGCCAAACUCAACAGUGACAAUUGGUGAGGAAAUCCGUGAUGAUAAAGUAAGUCAUAUCAUUGGCAUCCAGUCUGAGAAUAAGAAAAAUAGGAAAAAUGGUCUCGUAGAAGAUGGCUGUUAUCAGGUGGACCAUGUCAUGGGAAAUGGCCCCGGAUAUCAAUUGAACUCAAAGGAGACAGUUUGUGAGAAAGUGAUAAAUGAUGGUGAAGCAAGCAGUACCACCGGCAGCCAGAAUCUGAAAAGGAAGCGGAAGAAGAGGAAACAAUUGAGCGAUGGUUUUGAUCAGGUGGCCCAUGACAUGACAGAUGACUAGCGGAAAAGGAAUAGUAUGAAGAAACAAGUUGGUAAUGGCUGCAUAACUGAAAGGCUUCUGCAUCUCACUGGCUACAAACUGAAGCAGAGAUGGGAAAAGAAAACAGGUGGCCGAUGAUUGCGACCAGCAAAGCUUCACUAUCGAGAAAUAGAGUGAAGCGCAGUAAAACCCAAUUUUGGUAGGGCAGGUGGAUCGCAUUUUUUAUUACUUGGAAUUUAUUAUAAUUUAUAACGAGUUCUCUCCGUCUCUGACCGGUGAUUUUAAUCAUUGAGCAUUGUUGACAAGCCAUCCGGCAGGGUCAGGGUUUUGGUCUCCUCUGUUUCUAUCAAGGUGGCAAUUCUAAGAGAUUGUACUGUGUUACUCUUUUGGAUAUGUAUUGAUAUGUUAGGAAAACUCAAAUAAAUUUCAGAAAAAUAUGUAUAUCAAUUACACUAAUUAUAAGAUUCAGGUGACUAUAAAAAAGGUAUACACGUAAGAAAAAUGAUGUUUUAA